UUUUGAACUUACCAAGCAUAUUUGAAACCAAAUAUCUAUUCAUAUAUUCUAGUACCCUUUUGCAAAUGGGUCGUUAUAAUGUUAUACUUGUGUGGUCACUAGCAUUAACGUUGUGUCUUAUUCCAUAUACAACUUUUGCUCAACUUAGUCCAAACCAUUAUGCUAACAUUUGUCCUAAUGUUCAAAGCAUUGUAAGAUCAGCAGUUCAAAAGAAAUUUCAACAAACUUUUGUUACUGUUCCUGCUACCCUUCGUCUCUUCUUUCAUGAUUGUUUUGUUCAGGGUUGUGAUGCUUCAGUUUUGGUGGCAUCAAGUGGAAAUAACAAAGCUGAAAAGGAUCAUCCUGAAAAUUUGUCAUUGGCUGGUGAUGGUUUUGACACAGUGAUUAAAGCAAAAGCUGCAUUAGAUGCUGUUCCACAGUGCAGAAACAAAGUUUCUUGUGCUGAUAUUCUUGCUUUGGCUACUCGAGAUGUUAUUAAUCUGGCUGGUGGUCCAUCCUAUACAGUAGAAUUGGGAAGGUUUGAUGGUCUAGUUUCAAGAUCUUCAGAUGUAAAUGGAAGGCUCCCUCAGCCAAGUUUCAAUUUGAAUCAGCUGAAUACUCUCUUUGCAAACAAUGGACUCACUCAAACAGACAUGAUUGCCCUAUCAGGUGCACACACUCUUGGAUUCUCUCACUGUGACAGAUUCUCCAAUAGAAUUCAAACUCCAGUGGACCCCACAUUGAACAAACAAUAUGCUGCCCAGUUACAACAAAUGUGCCCUAGGAAUGUUGAUCCAAGAAUAGCCAUCAACAUGGACCCAACAACUCCUAGAACAUUUGACAAUGUUUACUACAAAAAUCUUCAACAAGGAAAAGGUUUAUUUACUUCUGAUCAAAUCCUCUUCACUGAUACAAGAUCAAGGAACACUGUUAACUCUUUCGCGACUAACGGUAACGUUUUCAAUGCCAAUUUCAUCACUGCCAUGACCAAGUUGGGUCGUGUUGGAGUUAAAAAUGCGAGAAAUGGGAAAAUUCGUACCGAUUGUUCUGUGCUUUAAUCAAGUGUAUAAUGUAAGCUGGGGAAGUCACAAAGGGUGACUAUAGAUUAUUUGUUAAUUAAUGUUAAUAAAUUUGUUUGCCAACAAAUUAAGAGUGGUUUGGAUGUUAAAAAAAGGAAGAUAAGGGGAGAGAAAAAAUUGAGCUUUUCUUUGAUGUAAUUUAAGUUCCAAAUAAUUCAGUGUCCCCUAUAUUUAUGAACUUUGAAUUGUUUAUUGAAAAUGAAUAAGAGUGCUGCUAAAAUGUUUAUGA